AUGGCAUCCGCCGAAUUACGCGAUCAGAUCGCUAGUCUGUUUGGAUCAGUGUCAGAUGAGCUUGCCGAGCGCAUUGUGAAACUUCUGGAUCUUUACCACAAGUCAAUCGAUGACCUUUACGUGCUGUGGGAGUCAUUCGCGGUGACCAAGCUCGAUGCUGGCGAGUUCAACGAGACUAAUGUUGAUAAGUUUCAACAAUACCUCCAAGAAAGUACUGUGCAAAAGUUUCUGACACCCCAUAGGCACAACAAAAAACGUGUUCUCAAGACUGUCGCAUCGUCAAGUCCAGCACCAGGGGAAGUGACGCCUCUCAAACGAGCUAAACUCACCCCUUACAAAACACCUAAAGCUAAUUUCGGCAGUUCUCCUAAUUACGAAACUGCCGAUAGCUCCUACGCUGAGCCAUACUCAUCACCCACACGGAAGUCUCAAACCCCCAACUCGAACACCAUUAUAGAAACACUCAAUCCCGAUGUCGAUUCCAUUGACCAUGGUUCAGAGGACAGAACUCAGAGAAAUCACAAGAUCGUGGCAAACUAUGAACCCCAAAAAUACAAGUACCGUACCAUGGCUAUGAAAGUAUUGGAGGCAGCUGACUACCUUGAUGACCAGAUUGAAAUGUUUGCAAAUGAGUACAUUCGAGUGAACGGAGUAACGACUGAGAAUGAGAAUCGCAGUACCGAAUUUGGUAACCCUUGUAUCGCCUCGCAAACUGAUAUUUUAUGCUGUGGUCGCAUUGUCCCAGAUUCGACAGCUUAUGAUUCUAAGGCGGCACUCAAUGAUGUUUCGCUUUGCUUAGAAACUCUGCGGACUCAGGGUAUCGGUCAACGUAUACCAUUGGAUAUCCUGAACUUAAGUUCAUAUCUGUUUUUUGCUGGUCAAAUUGUCGUGCUUAAGGGUCGUAAUCCUACAGGUCGGAGGUUUGUUGUACUGGAAGAGUUAGAGUUACCCAGUCUUGGGACAUUAUACUCGACGGCCGAGGAGCUCAAUUCAUAUAACGAACAAGUCAAAGACGGGCUUAAAGUGGUGAUGGCGUCGGGUCCUUUCAGCCCUAUACAACACCUCGACUUCACCAAAUUUUCAGAGUUCAUCCAUCAUGUUAAUACCGAAAUACGCCCCGACGUGGUGGUACUCACUGGUCCCUUCAUUGAUGUUGCCAAUUACGCCGUACGGGAUGGUAAAGUAGAACAUGAUGAUGGCCAGAACUUCGCUGAUGACGACCAACUUUUCAUUCAGAAAUUUGUGCCGCUCAUAAAACAAUUUGAUCAAGUCAUUGAUGUCAUUCUUGUGCCUUCAAUCAAGGAUGUCGUGAUGCGUCAUGUUGCCUACCCUCAAGAUCUGUUUGAUAAAAAAAAGUAUGGCUUACCAAAAAAUGUGAAGGUGAUGCCGAAUCCCGCCAACAUUUCCUUGAACGAGAUGUCAAUGGGUAUAUCUAAUCUCGAUGUAUUCAAAGACCUAGUUGACGUUUCCAAGGGGAGUACAUCUAACAGACUAGAACGCAUUACUCGUCAUAUCAUCCAACAACGACGGUAUUAUCCCGUGUUCCCGGGUCUGGUUGACCAACCUCGACCCAACGAUCCUAUUGAUGGUUUGCUUGAAGGUGGUGCUCAUGGCCAGCUAUUAGCACAAACCAAUGUUGGAGGUUCGUGUCUUGAGCUUUCCUACAUGGGUCUCGCCGAAUUGGGUACAAAUGUGCCCGAUGUGCUUCUUCUUCCAUCCCAGGUGACGCCAAUUGCAAAAAUCAUCGAUGGUAUCGUGACUAUCAAUCCAGGACAAUUCAUCCGACCUCAUCGUGAUUCGCUGAAGCAAUCGGGGUCGUACGUGGUCAUGUCGGUGCAACCACCGCGCAUUGGCGACAAUGUACAAUUAGUCGAGGGUAUGGAAGAUGCUUACCGUCGUUGCUUGCCGCAACGUUGCCGUGUUGACAUUUUACGUAGUUAG